AUGCGUUCUUCAGUGAAAGGUGAAAUAGCAAUGUUUUCUCCCAAAAAAUCAUUGGAUCUUGCAUUUGAUAGAUUAACGUGUAAAGUCUGGGCGAAGUAAUCUAUUGUUACGUAACAUUAUGUUUACCGCAAUGAUUGAAACAUUGAAAAAUAUUUACAUAUUUAACAUGAAUAAUUUCUGUCUUGUGGAAUUGUAUAUUUGAUAUUAUUUAAAUGGUUCAUUAAUUCAAAUUAUAUUCAGGAUGUUGGACAAAGCAUUUUGUUUGCAUGAGGUUAUGUAGGAAUGGAUAUUUUCAUCAAAUAUAAAAAAUAUAAAAAAUUAAUAUUAGCCAAUAUGAUUAUUAUCAAAGUAUAAAAUCAAAGAGUAUAAGAAUUUUAUACUCUUUUUAUUUAAUAUAAGAUUUGUUAUAAUGUCAAGAAAAAGAAAAGACAAAGUUAAAGGGGAAAAUGGAUUUGAAGAUUGGGUAUGUAAAAACACUUAGAAUUUUGCAAUAAAGAUAAACAAGUUAAACAAGUUAAACAUAAAAAUGGGAUAAUUUUAGGGUGGAUAUAUGGCUGCAAAGCAAGCAAAAUUAGAAGAACAAUUUCAUAAUGAAGCGAACAAUGAAAUUAAAACAUCUAAUAUAUUUGAGGGAAUAGCAAUUUUUGUAAAUGGUUAUACCAAUCCAACUGCAGAUGAGCUUCGUCAUUUGAUGAUGUUGCAUGGGGGUACAUAUCACCAUUACAUGAGGCCAAAAGCAACAACUCAUAUUAUUGCAUCUAAUUUACCAUAUUCAAAGAUAAUGUUAUAUAAAAAAAGUCAAAAUCCAAUUCCUAUAUGUAAGCCUGAAUGGAUUAUGGACAGUAUCAAAGCAAACAGAGUUCUGAAUUUUCAAAAAUAUUUGCUUUAUUCCCAUUGUACAGAUGUACAACCACAAUUAAACUAUGUAAUACAAAAUAUAAAAAAUAAAACAGACAUUACUUUUUCAAAAAAUGAUGAAAUAAAUAGUCUAAAAAUCGAUAAUAAUAGAGCUGAAACAAUAACACAUACUUCAAUAAAAGAAAGUACCUCCAACCUUGCUUUACCAAUAAAUUCAAGAGAUACUCAUUCGACAAAAAAUUCAGAAUUUAUAUCAGAAUUUUACAGUAACUCACGAUUACAUCACAUUUCAACCAUGGGAGCCACAUUUAAAGAGUAUGUUAAUGAAUUAAGAGAUAAAAAUAAUGGUAAAUUUCCUGGCUUUACUAAGUUGAAAGAUAUUAGAUUGAAUAGAUCAUUAUUUGGUUCUCAAUUGGACUUUGAUCUUAAGCUUAAUGAUUUACCAGAAGAAAACAAGAUAAUUAGUCACGGUUGUAUUAUAAUGCAUAUAGAUAUGGAUUGUUUUUUUGUCUCAGUUGGUCUUAGAGAUAGACCAGAAUUGAAAGGCUUACCAAUUGCAGUAACACAUGCAAAAGGCAAUAAGGAUGGAGAACAUGGUUCAUUGUCAGAAAUAGCCUCUUGUUCUUAUGAAGCAAGGAAAGCUGGUGUGAAAAAUGGCAUGUUCUUAGGAGAAGCAUUAAAAAUAUGUCCCAAUUUAAAACCAAUACCAUAUAAUUUUGAUGGCUAUACAGAAGUUUCUUAUAUGUUGUAUGAUAUUGUGGCAUCAUACACAUUAGAUAUUGAAGCAGUUAGUUGUGACGAGAUGUAUGCAGACUGUACAAAAAUAUUAGAAGAAUCUUGUUUAACACCGAUACAAUUUGCAACUAUAAUUAGACAGGAAAUAAAAGAAAAAACUGGCUGUCCUGUGUCAACAGGGUUUGGAAGUAAUAAACUAUUGGCAAGAUUAGCAACAAGAAAAGCAAAGCCAGAUGGUCAAUUUUAUAUACAGCAGGAACAUAUUAAUGAUUGCAUUAGCACUUUUAAUGUGCAAGAUUUACCAGGGGUUGGGUGGACGACAACACAUAAAUUAAAGAAUCUUAAUGUACGAACGUGUGCUGAAUUGCAAACAAUCUCGUUGACGAUAUUACAGAAGGAAUUUGGGAAAAAAACGGGUGAAAUAUUAUAUAACAUGUGUCGUGGUGUAGAUAACUCGAAGCUUAAUUUAGAACACGUUAGAAAGUCUGUUUCCGCAGAGGUAAAUUAUGGAAUAAGGUUUGAGAACAAUGAUCAAGCAGUAGACUUUUUAAAAAAGUUAUGUCAUGAAGUAUGCAAUCGUUUAAAUAAAAUUCACGCAAAAGGUAGAUGCAUUACGUUAAAACUUUUAAUCAGAGCGAAGGAAGCGCCUAAGGAAACUGAAAAAUUUAUGGGACAUGGGUUGUGUGAUUACAUAACGAAAUCAAAAAAUUUGAUCUCUCCCAUUAACGAUGUCGAUAUUAUAACGAAGGAAGUCAUUACGCUUUGGAAUCAAAUACAAAAAGUGCCUGAAGAUGCAAGAGGCAUCGGCAUACAAAUAUCUAGACUAGAAAUAGUAAAAAAUAAGUCUCGUGGUACAAUUCUGACAAAUUUCAUUAAAAGCAAACCAGGUAGCACGGUUCAACAAUCUGUGGAAAUGAAUGAAGGCAAUGUAGUUCAACUUGUAACAAAUUCAAAUGUAGCCGCGACAAUAUCCGAUAAUAUUGAUAAUAAACAAAAAUUGGAUAUUCCACCUGGCAUGAACAAGUCAGUUCUUCCUGAACUUCCGGAAGAAAUACGAAAUGAAAUUUUGUAUCCUAACAAUGAUAAGAAAUUAAUGGAGGAUAAUAAAGAUCAAGCGACUGUUAACAUACAAAAUACGAAGAAAGUACAACCACAGAAAAGUGUGCAAACGCAUCAUGAGAAUUUUUUUAAACAAACGAAAGCUGGCAUUUCUAGACCAAAGGUGGAAAUGCCACCUAUUCAAGAGAUUGAUAUGUCCGUUUUAAUAGAAUUACCUGAAGAUAUACGGAAUGAGAUCCUUAAUGAAUACAGUGUCGCUAAGAAAAAUCAGAAUCAAACGAACCUGAACACAGGGACGGAUAGUAAAUCUUCAACUAGUAAAGCAUCAACUUCUACAGAAAUAAAUCGCGAUGAGCAAAACAUAUCUUACUCACAAGUAGAUCCAGAAUUUUUAGAGGCACUGUCGGAAGAUCUAAGACGCGAUGUUCAAAUGUAUUGUAUCGCUAAAAAAGCGGAACAUAGUUCGAAAAUAAAAAAGGAUGAGACAAAUAAUAAUGGACUGAUGAAACAUGAGAACGCGAAACAUAAUAAAAAAGUGGAACUUAACUCUAAAAAUAAAAACAGUAAUAAAAAUGGUAAAGGAACGCAUUAUAAAAAUAGGAAGAAAAAUGGGCAAGCAGCGCUCAGGACAAUUAAAAAUGUAAACAAGUCUGAAAACGUAGAGAAUAAAGCUAAUGCUGGUAUUGGAAAAUUCAUAAUACCUUUAGAAGGAGAAACCGAAUCUGCGAAUGAUGAAAUUACUGCGGAUGAUACAGAGGCUAUUCUUUCUCACAAUCGUACUAUCUCGGAAGACAAUGACACUGCAAACCAAUAUCAGGAUAUUUUACUUGAUCUCGUAAAUCGUUUACUUAAUCUACCUUUGAAACAGGUAGCUUUUAUACGUCUUUAUAUUGCUAUUUUAUAUCGUUAUAGAUUAUUUAACUUAAAAAGAUGUUGGAUAGGAUUGGUAAAAAUGCAAAUACAAACGUGGAUCGCUAAUUCUAAGAUCGUGAACGAAGUAGACUUUUUGUCGCUCGCGACAUUUCUUAGCAUGCUCCCGGAAAAGAAACGCAUCGAAGACUUACACGUGUUAUUAAAAACCAUGCAUAGAUGUAUGACAAAAACUGGAAAUUGCAUUUGGCAUGGGACAUAUAGGAAAACAGUAAAAUACGUUCAACAUUAUAUGCAAAUUGAAUAUAACAGUAACCUCAUGGUACCACCAAUCAAAUGCAAUCUUUUGCAGUGUAACAGUGAUGUA